AUGGGGUCACAAGAGGGAUCGUCAGCCAUAACCAUAGGCGUCUUAGCUUUACAAGGAGCUUUCAACGAGCACGUUCAAUUAUUACGGGAAGCCGCACAGAUCCUUGCCACCAAAGAUAUCAUUCAGAGAACAUGGACGUUUAAAGAAAUCCGCAACAAACCAGAACUAGACUCUUGCGAUGCCCUCAUUAUUCCUGGCGGCGAGAGUACAGCAAUCUCUUUAGUGGCUCAGAGAUGUAAUAUGUUGGAGCCACUUCGAGAUUUUGUGAAAGUAAUCAGAAAACCGACUUGGGGAACCUGUGCAGGCUUAAUAUUACUUGCUGAAGCAGCGAAUGCAACGAAGAAAGGCGGGCAAGAAUUAAUCGGUGGUCUCGAUGUUCGUGUCAAUCGAAAUCAUUUUGGAAGACAGAUUGAGAGUUUCCAAGCGGAUCUCAAUCUCCCAUUCCUGCAGCAAGCGGAUGGGAAAGAUUUUGAUACUUCUCAAAAGCCAUUCCGGGCAAUCUUCAUUAGAGCACCGAUAGUCGAGAAAGUCUUGCCACAUGUAUCAGGAGCUCAGACCGGUCAGGCUAGUCUUGACGAGACGGUAACUGCGCCAUCGAGGACGAUCGAUGAGAAUGUUGCGAAAGGCAUCAAGUUAGCGGAUGUUGAAAUUAUGGCCACUCUUCCGGGACGAGCGGCUGCUGUUCAAGAUGACAAGAAGGAGAAAUUGGAUGCUGAAGCUGGUGAUAUUAUUGCGGUCAGACAAGCUAAUGUGUUUGGUACCAGUUUCCAUCCGGAACUUACUGGUGACCCAAGAAUUCAUGUUUGGUGGUUAGAGCAGGUCUCGGAAGCAGUUGAUCGGAGGAGGGCACUUGCGGCGGAAACUGCUGAAUCGUAA